AUGGGAGGGUGGGGUCAAGAUCCCGAUGGAUCAUGGAAUUGUCAAAAUGAUAUGUUUUAUCUAGAUUUAUCCAAUUCACUAAAGACAUCAUCAAUAGUUGAAUUGAAACUAGAAGAAUCGACAAGCCUGCCGAUCAUCGUUCCGCCGUAUAUGGCUGAUUUCACCGCUACCAUGUUAUCGAGUGGCGAAAUCGUUUAUAUUGGUGGGCGACAAUCCACUUCUCCAAGCGACGUGUCCUUCACUUUAUCCAAGAUGAAUGUGAUUUAUGUCUUCAAUACAAAGUCAUCCAGUUGGAUUGUCAUCAAUGCCGGUGGUGAUGCUCCCAAUUCACGUAUUGGACAUUCGGCAGUUUUAACUUCAAAUAACAGAAUUAUCGUAUACGGAGGGACGAGUGAAGAUCCAGCGACUCCCGCAACACCUGACCUAGCGAUUCUUGAUGUCAACCAAACACCUUAUCAAUGGAAAACACCAAAUGUCACGAAGGGUUCACCACCGUCUCGCUCAUUUCAUUCGGCGGCUUUCGUCCAAAAUCACAUGAUCAUCGCAUUUGGGAACAUAACGACACAUACGGCAGGCAUAACGAAUUCAUUUUACAUCUUGAACGUCACAAAUUUCCGUUGGUCAUCAUCGCAUAUAAAAUCGAAUCAAACUCCAGACGCCACACGGGGAUUACAGGAGGUUCCUUCCACGACGCCAUUAAGCGAAAGUUUAUUCACACAAAACAUGGCUCUCAUCUUAGGUGCCAGUAUUGGUGGCUUGAUAAGUUUUAUCAUCCUUGCUAGUAUCGGUGUUUUAAUAUAUAAAAAAUGGAGGAUUUAUCAAAAGAUCGUCAAGAGAAAUAGACAAUACGUUGAACAAAUUUCUUCCUCGCAAAAUUCCAACAAUUGA